AUUAUUCUUACGUACUUAAUGAGAAAGCCAAGAUGUUUAAGAUGUUACAAAUCCUGCACUUAUUAGUACUAGUUCUAUUUCAAAGUUGUUUUAUCUCUUCAACAAAGCGAAUUUUAUUAGAUAAUAAUUUUUACACAAUUGUGAAUCGGCUGACAAAACUGGAAAAUACGGUCGCUGGAUUAAGUGGAAAUGUGACGGGAAACACAUCCUUGCAAUAUAUAGUCCAAGACGUUGCGUGGUUGAAAGGGCAAUAUCUUGCUACGUUAAAGUAUGAGAAUGCGACAUCGGCCGCCAUUCAUAGCCUUCAAAAGGACGUUGAAAUGCUUAAAGCUCAUAUAGUGAACCAGUCAACAACAGUUGUUGCGUUUAUGGCAUAUCUAACGACACAUGAGCGUGGCACAAACCACCACAUUUAUUUUGAUGAUGUAAAAACGAAUAUCGGUAAUGCAUAUAACCCUCGACAUGGUAUAUUUGUUGCACCUGUAAAUGGUCUGUACCAAUUCACUAUUACUGCUUGCUCUGAAGCCCAGCAUUAUAUUGUUUUAGAAAUAAACGUUAAAGACUUGAUCAUCGGUAAAGUUAUUGCUGGCAAUGGUUGGGCAGCAGAAUGCAAUUCCAAAGUAUUUAUCAUCCACAUUAUGAAGGGGGACGAUGUGUUUGUCACACAUUCAACUACUGGGGAAUGGCUUUAUGCCAAUGUUGCAUUUGGACUUCCAAGUUUUACUGGAUUUCUAAUUAAGGCAAUGUAGGCAUUUCAAUCGUUUAUUUAUAAGUUCAAACAUGUGUGUUUGGUAUUACCUGUGUCCUUUACAGUGUUAAUAUACUAGAGAAAUUAUCGAA